AUGUCCCUACAAGGCAAGAUCGCAGUAGUAUCAGGAGCCUCGCGCGGCCUCGGCGCCGGAAUGGCCCUCGACCUAGCUCAGCAAGGCGCCUCCGUAAUGCUACUAUACACAUCCGACUCAAGCGCAAGCAAAGUCGACGCCCUCGUGACAAAAAUCACCUCCCUCCCGCACUCCCCACGCGCAGCAAGCUGCAAGGCAGACCUCUCCUCGCUCUCGGCGCCCGACGCCGUGCUCUCCGCCCUAGACACGUGGCUCGGCGCAGAAGGCAAGAUCGACAUCCUGAUCAACAACGCCGGCACGGAGAUCAACGCGCCCCUCGGCGCCAUCACGCCCGAGUCCUUUGCAAAAGUCUACGACGUGAACGUCCGCGCCCCGCUGCUCCUCACGCAGGCCCUCCUCCCGCGGCUAUCGACGGCCGGCGGCGCCGCCGCGAGGAUCAUCAACAUCUCCUCCGUCGGCGGCCGCUUCGGGUUCCCCGGCAUGGGCCUCUACUGCUCUUCCAAGGCGGCGCUGGAGGGCCUGACGAGGUGUUGGGCGCGGGAGCUGGGCGGGAACGGGACGACGGUGAACUGCGUCGCUCCCGGCCCCGUGCAGAGCGACAUGCUGGAUAACAUCCCCGCGGAGCUCGUGGCGAUGCAGAAGGCGCAGACGCCGGUGCAGAACAGGCUCGGUACGACGGAGGAGGUCGCGAGGAUCGUGACGUGGCUUGCUGGCCCCGAGGCUUCGUGGGUCAGCGGGCAGGUUAUCAGCGCGAGCGGUGGGUGGGCGAUGUACUGA